AUGGCAACUACAGUUCAACACAAUCCAGCUCUUUUGCAACAGCAACAAGCACCAAAACAACAGCAAAAUCAUCCAGUAGAAGAUGAAGAUGUGGCAUUAGCAAAUUACAUUUCAACAUCUCUAAGAUUUGACCAGAAUUCGCAAGAUCUUUGGAAUUACACUCAAUCACAGCAAUUGGCUAUGGCACAAGCGAAUCCAAUGUACUAUAAUACAAACUAUUUCCAACCACAGUUACCACAUCAACAGCAACAGCAACAAACACGGCCGCACAGAACACGUGUUAGAGUACCAAGUAAUUCAACACAGGUUUCCAAUGGUAGCAAGGGUAGCCAUAUCCAGGUCCAAAAAUCAACAUCAACACCAAUUACCACAAAUCCUUCUGCGCAUUUGAGGCCAAAUGGGAGAAAGUCUUCAUCCAAACCAGCAACAAUCUCGCAAUCUACAAAAUACAACUCUGCUUCAUCUAUCACAUCCUCAUCUGUAUCAUCCUCCUCCUCCUCGUACCCAGUCGAUUCAUCUUCAUCUGUCAAAAACAGCAGACGCCGUAGCAUGAACAGUGCAAAGACAUUACAGCAACAGUCGCCUCCACAGAUCAAACCAGCAUCUCAGGAACGCAGACCUUCCAUGACAGGAUCAGUUGUUUCCAGCUCCGGUGUAUCUAUUCAAUCCGAAAUGUCUGUCAAUACAAAAUUAUCAUUAUCCAAAAGACUUCGAAAAGUGUUUAGUAUGAACAACCUUAGAUCAUCUUCCGAUUCAUCUGGUGAUUUGGCUUCUCUAGCCGAGAGAAAUGGAUCCAACUCAUCAAUUGCAUCAUCCUCUUCCAUGGUGGGCUCGCCUUUAUCUCAGUCCUCGGUAGACAGUAGAAAUCCAAUGUCGCUUCGACGCAGAUCCAUCGCUUCGUUAUCUAGUCUAUUUCAACGAGGCUCUUCGGUUUCAGACCUAGACACCCAAAAGAAAUCACAAAUCACCGCUCCACAGCAAGUGUCAUCAUCAUCCUCUACGGCACCAACAAAUAAUACUGCUUCCAGACGUCAUUCUUCAGGAGAUUUACGUCAAUUGAUCAAACAAGAAAAGAAGAAGCCUCAAUUGAGGGUUGAUACCGACAGCAACGAUAUAGCUGGCAUUCCAACGAGAAAGGGCGGCUUGAAAGUGCGUUCAUCUUCAUCAACAAGUAAUAAUAACGUUACCCCUGAUUCGCCCAAUUCUGCAAUUUCAUCACGUUCUUCAUUUACUCGUUUACCACCUCCUGCUACAACAACAACAACAACAACAACAACAGUGUCUAAUAAUAAUAGUACUAAUAAUAAUAAUACCAACACUCAGAGAAACUUCAUUCAUUUACCAGAACCUGGAUUGCCAUCUCCAACACCCUCAACCGCAUCUUCCAUCAAGCACAACGACGAAGAGUAUAUCAAGCCCACCAUUGGUCUGCAUUAUGGCCUCGGCUUACAUGGAUCUCCUAAAUUACGACCUGCUUCUUCAUCCACAAGUUCUCUAGCGGCUACUACCGAAAGAAGAAUUCAAUUUUGUAGCACAAUCCAAGUACAUGAAACAUUUUCAGCGGCUGAUUAUGAUCGUCGCUGUGAUAACAACGCUACUUGUCAGAAAUUAACCCCUAUGAUGGCUAUGAAAAUCAAACAAGAACUAAAUGAAUACAAAUUAACUGAUAUGGAAGUACAUGUCGAAAGCAGACAAUACACCCAUUUCUUCUUGUAA